CGGGGCGCACCGCCCGCAGCGGGGCUCCGGGGGCGCAGCCGAGUCAGCAUGCCGGGGCCGCGGGCACUGCUGCUGGCCCUCCUGGGGUCCUGGCUCCCGCUCCUGGAAGGCGCCAGGAUCCUGACCGUGGUCCUGUACGGGGGAAGCCAUUAUCUACUGAUGGACCGGGUGUCUCAGGUUCUUCAAGAUCAUGGGCAUGAUGUCAGCUUUCUUCAACAGAGUGACCUGCAUUUCCCACCAGGUUUUAAAAGAGAGAAAACAUACCAAACUGUCUAUUGGUCUCCUCCUGAAGAAUUUAAACAGGAAUUCAAGAAAAAUUUAGAUUUCUUUACAAAGGAAGCUUUGCUGGGAAGGAGCCCACUCACAAACCUUUUGGAGAUAAUGAAGCUAUUUGCGACGCAGUGUAGUGAUUUGCUGAGGAGGACAGAUAUCAUGGGCCCCUUAAAAAAUGGGAGUUUCGACCUGGUGGUGGUGGAUGGUUUAGAUCUCUGCGCUUUCCUGAUCGCCGAGAAGCUGGCAAGGCCGUUUGUGGCCGUCCUGGGCACCACGUUCGGAGUGACGCAUUUUGGGCUGCCCGAGCCCGUGUCCUACGUUCCAGACUUCCACUCCUCCCUGACCGACCGCAUGGGUUUCUGGGGCCGAGUGACGAACUCUCUGAUGUUCUUCAUUUCUUCCUUGAGGCAGUGGUACAUCCACGCUCAGUUCGAGAGCACGAUCAGAGAACAUUUCCCCGAAGGCUCUAGGCCGGCGUUAUUUCAUCUUCAACGGAAAGCAGAGCUGUGGUUUGUUAAUUCUGACUUUGCCUUUGAUUUUGCCCGGCCCCUGCUUCCUAACACUGUGUAUGUUGGAGGUCUAAUGGCCAAACCUGUGGAGCCGAUACCUCAAGAACUCGAGGACUUCAUCGCCCAGUUCGGCGAGGCGGGUUUCGUGCUUGUGGCCCUGGGCACCGUGGUGAACGUGACUCAGUCCCAGCAGGCUCUGGAGCAGAUGCACAGGGCCUUUGCGCAGCUGCCGCAGGGGGUGAUAUGGAAGUGCAGCCCUUCUCUCUGGCCCAAAGACCUCCCAUUGGCAGCGAAUGUGAAACUCGUGGACUGGCUUCCUCAGAGCGACCUCCUGGCUCACCCCAGCAUCCGCCUGUUUGUCACCCACGGAGGAAUGAACAGUGUGAUGGAAUCCAUCCAGCACGGCGUGCCCAUGGUGGGCAUUCCUCUCUUUGUAGACCAGCCUGGAAACUUAAUCCGAGUAGAAGCCAAACAUCUGGGUGUCUCCAUCCCGAUCGAACAGCUCAAGGCGGAGACCCUGGCUCUUAAGAUGAAACAAGUCAUCGGAGACAAGAGCUACAAGUCGGCAGCAGUGGCCGCCAGCAUCAUCAGGCGCUCUCACCCCCUGACCCCUGCUCAGCGGCUGGUGGGCUGGAUCGACCACAUCCUUCAGACCGGGGGAGCGGCCCACCUCAAGCCCCACGCCUUCCAGCAGCCGUGGUAUGAACAGUAUCUGCUGGAUGUCUUCUUGUUCCUGCUGGGGGUCACCCUGGGCACCGUGUGGCUCUGUGGGAAGCUGCUGGGCCUAGUGGCCCGGGGGCUGUGCGGGGCCGGGAAGCUGAAGAGGGCCUGAUGCACAGAGCAGACUUGGAGGGGUGCUGGGAAGCCACUGGUUUUCUGAAGACUUCCCCCAGCACAGGCCUCCCCUGGGGUCCCCCUCACCCCCACAUGGGUCAUGGCACCAGAAUGGCUUCUCACUCUUUUCUGCCUCUAUUUAGACAGUCUUAUGCAGCAAUCUUGGACUUCUUUUUAAAAAUUAUGGUAAAAUAUACAUCACAUAAAAUUGACCAU